CAGAAGAGAAAGACCCUUCUCUUCAUUUUCCAUAGUCCAAUCUUCCUCUAACUUUCCUGGAAACCCCAUCCCAGAAAGAAUUGGCAGACAAAAUUACAAAACCUUGUUCAUUACGUGACAAACUGACUCUCCUUAACAGUCUUUGGCUCUCUGCCUCCAUAUGUCCCUCUAAAAACUAUAAACCCAUCUCCCUUUCUCUGUCUCUCUUCUUUUAAAUUUGUAAUCCAUGGCGUCUUCUUCCGGUAGCUUAGACACUUCUGCAAACUCCUAUUUCACUUUCCCUACGCCCCAUCCCUUCAAGACCACCUCCUUCUCUGACCUCCUCGCAUCACCCCCCUCCGGCGGUGACACUACCGAUAAACGGCGUGGAUUAUCGGAUCGUAUGGCAGAGAGAACUGGGUCUGUUGUUCCAAAAUUCAAGUCUAUUCCUCCUCCUUCACUGCCCCUCUCUCCACGAGCCGUGUCUCCUUCCUCUUACUUUGCUAUCCCUCCUGGGUUAAGCCCAGCUGAGCUCCUCGACUCCCCUGUUUUGUGGAAUACCUCAAAUAUUUUGCCAUCUCCAACUACUGGAACAUUUGCAGCUCAGGCUUUGAAUUGGAAGAGCAAUUCAGGCAAUAAUGACGCCAACAACAACCAUAAAUUUGUCAAACAAGAAGACAAGAACUACUCAAGCUUUUCCUUCCAAACCCAGACAAAACCACAGACAAUUCAAACCUAUAAGGAACAACGACCAGGGAGUUUUCAAGAACAAACUAAACAGAACACGGUGAAAUCUGAAAACGUUCCAGUCCAGAACUUCUCCUCUGAAAUUGCCACAAUUCAAACCAACAAUCAAAACAACAGAGCUGACCAAUCUGAUUAUGGAAACUAUCAAAAUUCAGUAAGAGAACAGAGAAGAUCAGAGGAUGGUUAUAAUUGGAGAAAAUAUGGACAAAAACAAGUGAAGGGAAGCGAGAACCCUAGAAGCUAUUACAAGUGCACAUACCCAAAUUGCCCUACAAAGAAGAAAGUUGAGAGGUCUUUAGAUGGACAAAUAACUGAGAUUGUUUACAGGGGUAGUCACAACCAUCCUAAGCCUCAAUCUACUAGGAGAUCAUCAUUAUCAUCGGCUAAUUCUCAUGCAAUCCAGGCUUCAAAUGCAUCCAUUCCUAUCAGUGAAGUCCAGGAUCAGUCCCUCUCUGUAUCACAAAUGGAAUCUGUUGCAACACCAGAAAAUUCAUCAAUAUCAGUUGAAACUGAUGAUAUUGAUCGGAGCUCUCAGAGGAGUAAAUCUGGGGGUGGAGAUGAGUUUGAUGAAGAUGAACCUGAGGCCAAAAGAUGGAGAAGGGAGGGUGAAAAUGAAGGCAUAUCAGCUGCUGGAAGCAGAACAGUGAGGGAACCAAGAGUGGUCGUUCAAACAACAAGUGACAUUGAUAUCCUUGAUGAUGGGUAUAGAUGGAGGAAAUAUGGCCAAAAGGUUGUCAAGGGAAAUCCCAAUCCAAGAAGCUAUUACAAGUGUACAUAUCCAGGAUGCCCUGUAAGGAAGCAUGUAGAGCGAGCAUGUCAUGAUCUCAGGGCAGUGAUCACAACCUAUGAGGGCAAGCACAACCACGAUGUCCCGGCUGCUCGUGGCAGAGGCAGCCACUCCCUCAACCGGUCUUUACCCAUGGACAACAACAAUAAUUCUAGCAACAACCACCCAUUAACGGCAACGAGGGCUCAAGCUACAAACCCCACCAGCAAUGCAAGGCUUCCAACAGUUUCUGAUGGGGAAGGACCCUACUCACUGGAGAUGUUGCAGAGUCCAGGAAGUUUUGGGUUCUCAGGCUUUGGUGCUUACAUGAACCAACAAAUGGAGUUUGAGAAUGUGUUCUCCAGAGCAAAGGAGGAGCUAAGGGAAGACAAUCUAUUUAUUGAAUCCUUGCUAUGCUGAAUACUUUGCGUAGACAUGACUUUGGAAGGUUUGGAAAAUCGAUCAAAGUAAAAUCAGGUGGUGUUUUUUGGUUCGUAUUGAUUCAUUUGGAUUCUGUUUGUUGUGUAUAUUUCCACUUCUACAGGUAUUUAUUUAUUUUAUGUAUGUUCAAAUGAAAGGUGUAUCGCUGAUUUGAUGUAGGGGGGAUCUUUGGCUUCAUAUUUAUAUUUUUCAUUGUAGUGAAGCUGGUACAUACACUACACGGCCUCAACUCAAUUUUGUAUGAACCUUUUAAUUUCAUUUAUUUAUUAAUUCAAAUCAAAUGGGAUUGUCAUGAAA